UCUCGUUACUUUUCGUUACCUCGAUGGUUGGUGGAUGUAUACACAAGUAUGAUGUGUCCAUGACGUCUGCGAUCGAUAAAGGCUUGAACCCGGAAUAGUUUUUAAGCGAAGAGAAAUGAGCGCGUUAGGAUGAUGGCACGUGUUUAAAUUGUUUGAAAAAUAAUAGUAAGAUUUUGUUAACGAACAUCGUUAAAAGUUGAUUAACCGCCAUGUCUCGGGAUGGACCAAUCAGACGCACGACGUGCCGCUGCGAGCCCUCGAAUAAUCUAUCCACAGACGAAUGACAACAAAAGAGAUUGAUAGAGUUAGGAAGGUUCAUAGGAAUACGUAUUUACGAAGGAUUUAACACAUUUUGCUUCUGUUGACAAGGUAAAUAAGUUUGUAUCAUAGUGGUGAAAGUGUCGGGGAAUAUGAAGAGAAGAAAUGCCGAGUGCGGCAAGCUUCGGAGGCCCUUGAAACGAAACAAAAUUACGGAAGGAAUUUACGGAAGUACGCUGCUUUACUUGAAGUUUCUGCUGCUAUGGGCGAUGGUGAUAUUGGCAGAUUUCAUUCUAGAGUUCAGAUUUGAAUUCCUCUGGCCGUUCUGGCUUCUCCUUCGAAGUGUUUACGAUUCUUUCAAAUACCAAGGCUUGGCCUUCUCCGUGUUUUUUAUUUGCAUCGCCCUAACGUCAGAUAUGAUUUGCUUCUUCUUCAUCCCUGUGCAUUGGCUCUUCUUUGCCGCUAGCACAUAUGUUUGGGUUCAAUACGUCUGGCAUACAGAUAAAGGUGUUUGCCUGCCAACGGUGAUGCUGUGGCUCCUGUUCCUCUACAUAGAAGCAGCAGUACGGUUACGUGAUCUGCGCCACAUGCCGUUUCAUCUGGAUCUCUGUAGGCCCUUUGCUGCUCAUUGCAUUGGCUAUCCUGUAGUCACAUUAGGCUUUGGUUUCAAAAGCUACGUGGGCUACAGAAUGAGACAGAGAAAACAAAAAGACGUAGCUAAGGAAAACGAGUUUUACCUUCAGCUGCUACAGCAAGCGCUGCCCGUCGAACAGCAGGCUGCAACUAUGCAGCAGCUUCAGCCACAGGCUCAGUUGCAAACACAGUUAGCCUCUGCCCCUCAAGAGCAACACACAAAGUCACAGUUGCACAGGCACAAUCCACAGUACAACACAAGUCCUGAGAAGAGUAGAGGUGGUUGUAGCGUGACUACAGAAUCGAGCAUACAAAAUGGUGGGGUACACAGUGGCACGCACAGCGCGUCACAAGCACAAAAUGCCACCAAAAACAGCCACAGAAAGUCACUUGACAAAGGGGAUAACAAACAGGACGAGCAACAAAACAAACAGAAUGCAACAAACGUUUCACAGAAUGACAAAAGUGAUAAGAAGUUUGCACACAGUAAUGGAACCACAGUGCCUCACAACGACCUACAAUUUAUUGAGAGGGUUGGACCAGUCUCUGUUCUGAAAUUCAGCUCUGUGAACGAUUUUGACGUAAACGAAGUAGAAAAGGAUAAAUCAGUGAAAGGGGGAGGUUCUGCGCACACCUCUGUUAAAAUACAGUCAAAUGGAUCUGCCGGAGGAAAGUGGAAUAAUGUUAAAGAAAGCCGAGACUCUUCGACGACAGUAAAUGGUCAACGAGAGCGAAAAGGCCGACAAGCUAAAUCAACAGUCGAAACAGUAGCAGAGCAACAAAAACAGCAAGAUGAAUAUUGUCAGAGGUUACUGGUGUGUCGCAGGCUCGAGGCUGACAUCAAAAGACUAAAAUCAGACCUCCAGUCAAGUCGGCAAGUUGAACAGGAGUUGCGUUUGCAGAUCAGUGCGCUAGUCACUGGGGAGCGACAAGCCAAAGGUGACAUUCAGCAGCUGCAGCACGAUAACGAUCAGCUGCAGAAUAAACUACACGGGCUGGUAACAGCGCGUCAAUUAGACAAACAGACCAUGUCGUCUUUGGAAAGACGAAUAACAGAAGAGAGGAGGCAGCGGAGUACCUGUGAGGCAUCUUUAGCUGCAGAAAGACGGGCACGCCGUGUGGCAGAGGAAGCUCGAAGUUCCAUUCCGCCGCCGCCGCCACCUGUAAGGCAAGAGUGUACUGACGCUUGUAAAUCCCGAAGAGCACAAAUGGAACAGGAACUGAAGAGCCUGCGUCGAGAACUCAAAGCAAAAGAAGAACGGUACGCAUCAAUUGAGAAGGACGUUUCACGAUGUAAGGAAAGCCAUGGUGAGACUGAAAUCCUGCUUGGAGCAUUUAGUGCCCUGCAGGAUAAGAAUGCUCAUCUAGAAAAUAGUCUCAGCGCCGAAACACGAAUCAAACUCGACCUUUUCUCAGCCCUUGGGGAAGCAAAGCGUCAGCUGGAAAUCAGAGAGAGUUUGAUAAGAACACAGGAGAAGGAAAUCGAGACGUUGAAAGCCAAGAUUGCACAAGAUUUGGCAGUUAUGCCUCAAGAUUCAUUCGGUCCUGGUCCAGCGCCAAGUUCGGCCACGUCGAAGCUUCGUUUGAAUAACGAAGUACGAGUUGGAGGUAAUAAAAUACGCGGGAAUGAAAAUCCCUUUCCGGGAUGCACCGUAUCCAAUCUGGAUCCAAACGCUACCGCAUAUACGCCGAAAGGUUCUUUGGUCGCGUCCACAGAGGCUUGAGGUCCUCUUGUUCGACUUCAAAAUCAUAGCCCCCACAAAGCCAGAGUCCAAUAAUAAACUUGACCACCCAACGUCAAACAUGUUUCAGGUUAAAUUCAGCUGAAACAAAUUUUUUCCUAUAUAGAAAUGUAUAUUUCAAUUUACAUGUUAUUUCUCAAUUGUUCGAACAAAGGAUAUUGGCAUUUUCUCUGUUAUUCAAUUUAUUAUGCAAAAUGUAAAUUACUUAUUCGAAAUUGUAAUUUUUUUUUUUUUUUUUAGUAUUAUGCAAUCGAAGUCGAGCUCUAAACCUCAAUUUUUUUUUAUUUGCGAAGUUAUCCUGAAACAUGAUUUGUACAGACCAUCAGAUCGUUGUCAACACGACGUAACUGUACGCGUGACAUUUGGAACGGAACUUACCUGAAUGAAUUGGCGUUUUAUAUCCGCACUGCUUACAUACGCUGUUCCGAAGUUUGUUAUUAAAAGGAUUACCUAAUUAUCGAGAUAAAUUGCGAUUUAGUCCAUUCAUCUGUAACAUAAAGACUGCUAUAUAUUUUUUAAAUCAAAACAAAUUCCAAUUUGAAAGAGAGUGAAAUUUGUAGCGUAAACAAAUCGAGUCAUCAAAUUCCGUGAAUCCAAUCAUUUUUGAAUAACCAUAAUAACACAAUGAGAAUGAUCAAAUGAAAAAGUAAACUUAAGGCGGCAGUACCAAUGGCGAAGUAGAAAUAUUGCUUUGAAAACUUUUUCGCAACCUUCGCACAGCGUAUUCAUAAUCUUAUAAUGACUCGUGAGAACGUUGACCCUCAUUUAAGUCGUAAUCUGAAACUAGUCCACCCUAAAAUUGUAUUUAUUGUCAUCAGUAUAAUAAGCCAGUAAAAUCACAUGAUCAUUGAUUGCAACCACAAAGAUGAAGGUAUAAAAAAAACCAUACAAAAUAAAGUGCAAUUUAUUGCUACCUAUUUAAAGCAUUCAAUGAUGAGGUUUGACCAGUAAACGGUAAAAUUAAACGAACGGGGCACUGAAAUUUGUUCUUUUUUGUCCUUGGGCAGAACUCUUUAGAUUGCACAAUAUGAAACUCUAUAAUUGGGUCGGUAUCUGAUUUCUUGAAAGAGUAAGGUUCAACUAUCGUUCUGGCUACGAAGAAUUUAAUGAAAUUUCAGGCGGACGCGACUAGAAAAAAUUAGUAAACUAGGUGAAUUAAAACUUAAAAGGCAACCGUCUUGGUUUUCUGUUGAUGGUUUCACAAAUUAUUCAUUGGUGUCGUGUUGAUUUUUUAUUUGCACUGCGGGGUUCGAAAUUGUUUUCUUUAAAACUAAUGUCAAAACGUUGAAAAUGUAACUUUUUUGUUUGAUGAUACUUUACUUCGAAAUGGGAAGCCAGUUUGGAUAUAUCAUAGCACCCAUCAUCGCCAUAUAUACACAUUAUCUCACUUGUAUAUAUAAAGCACUCUCAUGACAUUUAAUUUAUUAAUUAUUUAUUGUUUAAACAGCGAAAAGUAUUGUCGGGAGGAUUUACUAUACAUACCGUUGUGGACACAAAUUUUCGUUUGUUGAAUGUUUAUUUCAGUUGACCCCAUCUUAAAUUCCAAUCGUAUUAUUCGCCGAUGAUGUUCGUUUGGUUCAAGUAAUUCUAAUAGUUGUAAAAAAAAAAAAAAAAAUGCCAGUACAGGGCUGGUAACGGAUCAAUAUUCGUCACUUUUUUUCAUGAACAAUCUAGUGACAAAUUUAGUCCAAGUUACGCUAAACUUUAAAAGUUGAGUGAUGUAUAAAUUUUUCACCGGUUUAUUUAAAGGUUGGUGUUCUAACAAUAAUUUCAUGCUAAUUUAUCACAUAUUGGUAAUGUUAUUGAGUGUGUGAGGAAUGUAAAAUAUUAAAAUUUUGUUGAUUAUAGAGGUGCAGGGGCACUUGAAUAUUUCUUUCCACUGAUUAGAAGGCGUCGGGAAUUUGAAAAUCUUGAAAUACCUUUCCUUACAAAGCUUGUCCUUUUCUCAGAACCAUUAAACAACGUCUGUUAUAACAAUUGUAUAAACAAAAAACUCACACUUAGCUUGUGUAUACCUAGAUGAAAAGUUUUUUGCGUUACUUUCAGCUUUAUUUAGAAAUAACACCUUCACUAUUUGCUCUCAAUAAAUAUACAUGCAUGAAAAUCUUCAUUCAGGCAAAUAUGACUCAUCAGAAUAUGCGGAAAUGCGUCCGUCCACUGAUAAAAGUGUAGCUACGCAGUAAACAGAAAAACUGAAUAAUUUUUAUAAGAUAUGACAUCCUUUGAAGUUUUAUUUGCACUAAUUGAUUCAUUAACCAAAAUCGGUAACAAAAAUAUAUAAUCUCUCCUGUCAUGCUGAGAUAGCUUCAAAAGCAAGCAAGACUCAGGGUAGUUCGUUUUUUAUACUUAUGAUUAAAAUACAAGAUAUUUCGUCGGUUUGGUUUUUCUUCUAAAUAAAUAGUUAAUAAAUUUGUAAUUGUUUGAAAAUGGCGUAGCCACUACCAGCCCUGCUGAUAGAUUUGGUGUUCCCUGUGAAAACGUAAAAGUUUGGAAACUUCGGUGGGUUACAGGAAGCUAAUGAACUAUCAAAACUGAGGAAAUAACAAGCAUUAGAAUUUCGAAUGAUAUUUGUUCCUAUUUGAUUAACUAAUAUUCACUUUUCAAGGAGCUACCAAUGCGAUUCACGUUAGCGAUAUAGUUUCAUGUUAUUCACUGUAGAAUGUCUUGUGAAAUUUUGCCUCUUGAUAAACAUGAUUACAAAGUUUCUAUUACCAUAUUUAAUAAAUGAUGUGUUUACUUAGAAAGGUGUAUUAAAAUUUGUGUUCACAUUUGUACAGAUCGUUACAAUUGGUCAACUUACGUUAGGCCUGAGCCAGAAACCUCCUUUCACGCUUAGUUACGUCAUGCUUAGUGCUACGCUUCCCUUUCACUGUCGGACCAGAGUUGAUUAGAGCGAAUCAAGUCUUGAGGAAACUUCAAAGAAGCUAUUACCGAGCCUUGAUGCUCUCUUUAUAAUACCGAUCGUUACAUCCAUAAAUUAAUUAUUGCCAAAUGGUGAAAUCCAGAUGCCUAUUUUAAUAGUUUGAUAUGUAUCUAUUAUUCAUUGUCCAGCGGUAUUAUUACCCUCAUGUAUAUACAUAGGAAUUUGAUGAAAAAACAAAUUUAAAAAAGUGUUAAUGAAACACUUGGGCAUUUGCACGGCAUAGUAACGUACCACAAGAAAAGGUUGUUAAUAUUAAUUUCUAAUCCGAUUCGGGAAUAAUCUUUCCUAAUAUGUAUGUAACGUAAUACAUGUAAGUUUCUGAGUUACAUGCAAAGGCAUAUAUGUAUAUGUACAUAUACUAUACGUAUAUGACUUAAAUAUACUUGAAGUGAGAAAAUUUUUAGUUUACUUUGGAACUUAACUCAUUGUCAGCAGAAAUUGUCUCUGCACAAGGGGCGCGUUAUAUAGAAAUAAUGAAAAAAACGAUUCAAUUUUAUUAUUUAAUUACAGUAAUUGUUAUACUUAGUUGAUGAUAUGUAAAAUACAGAUACGUAUCUUCCCCUCCAACACAGGAUUUACAAGGAUCGCAACAAUGUACCUAAAUACUACAUUAUUAUUAUCAUCACUUGUGUCGUAAAAAAUAAUUUGUCCUAGUUACAACACGUAGAGAAUUGAACUGAUAAUAUAUCACUCCGAAUCCAGUCAGUAAUCUUAUCCUUAACGUGUCUUAAUAAUUGUAAUUUUUCUUAUGAUAUAUAUCACAAGUACUUAAUUUAUUAUUAUUUGAUUAUUUUUAUUUUCAUUCUUUAUCUUUUCUUCUCGUUUCUUUUUUUUUAAUUUUGGUUCACGGUGAUUCCGAUCACCGUUCCCUUCCACGAUUUGAAUAAGAUAGCACAACGCGAGCUUAUAAGUUUAAGCAACUCCUUCCGGACAUAUGAAAAUGAUAUGUAAUAUUAUUUCAUUUGCUAGGCUCUAACUUUAAUGAUUUGUUUUUUAGUUCAACAAAAAAUGUAAUAAUAAUGAUAAUAAUAAUAAUAAUAGUAGUGGUAGUGGUAGUAGUAAAGGAUAAAACGAGUGUUGACAAAUUUCUUUAUGCCUGACUGUGUUAAUUAAUUGAUGUUGAUAUUUAAAAAGAAAUCGUGUGAUAAUAUGUUUUUGUCAUUAUACUGACUAAAAUUUUAAUGCGCUUCCAACAUUUAAUUACGUACUUACUUAACUUACUUACUCACUUAUACUUUUUAAUUAGAGUUUAAGUUUAAGAUAAUUAAUUUGCUAGCUGCUGCUGCUGCUCCUGCUGCUGCUGCUGCUGCUGCUUUACAACAGCAUUGAUCUCACAGCACGGUCACUAUCUGUGCCUGUUGCAAAUGCCCUACACAUCCUACUAACUUUAUUGUCAUGCGAUCAACAGUGCACGUAGUGACACUUUAAUUAAUAUAUAUAUACAACAAGUUUUUGAAAUAAUUUGCAUAAAUUGAAAAUGUCUCUUAUUUGAGGAAAGAAGUUUCGAAAACAAAAAUUGAAAACUCGUACUGUAAACCAUCGUGAUAAUACGAUCAUCCAGGUACAGAUUGCACAAAGUUUGUAGUUUUUAUUGAAUUUUUCUAAUUAUAACUUAUGUACCAUACCUGCUGCGUACAACGUGUAGGUACGGACAAUUGAUUCACGGCUACCGAUAACGUACAAUUUUAUAUUGUAUACCACCCUCUUAUUAUUAUAGUACGGUGUGUGUAGAAACAUUUUUUUCUUUUUUCUCUCUUUUUCUCUCUCUCUCUCUCUCUCUUUCUCUCUCCAGUGCCCUGAAUAUAUCUAUUACAUAGUAAUGUUUGCGAUGUACCUCCUUAUUCUUGGAAGGAUAACAUUAUUAAAUAAAACUAGAAAAAUAACGUCGGGCAGUCGAGAGGAAAAAAAUAACGAUGAUAGUAAUAAUAAUUUAGAAGAAGAAACAAAAAAACGAAAUAAAAAAAAAAAAAAUAUGACAUUUCGAUAAAAACAUGAAAGUACAAAAUAUGUAAAAGUUUAAAAGAAAACAAAUAAGACAUACAUCGCGAAAAUAUUGAAAACUUAUUUUGUUAUAUAUACUGCAGAAUGCCACUGUUUCAAAGGAAUAAUAAUUUAUUUUUUGUUUUUAUUAUACUUUUCUGGUUGAUAAUUGAAUAUUGAUCGGUACCCAAUAUCAGCAUACAUAUCUAUUAUUAAAAUCUCUUAAUCUUCCUUCAAUAUUGUUAAUUCGGCAAUUAUUUCUAAUAAAUUGUUUGUAACGAAUUUUAUAUUCACAUAUGUUUCUCACACACGUCGUGCAGUUUGGUACUGAUCAAUUUUUCGUUAUUUACAAAACUUAUGCUAAAUUGAUAUGUAAUGUGUAUAAAAAAAAAGAAAAAGAAUUGCUGUAAAACGCCAUUAAAUUUGAAAUGAUUGUGAAAAUUUAGUACAACUGUUAUUAUGAUUGAAAUUGUUAGUAUUUAAUUUGAUAUAUUGGAAACGAACAAUGAAUGGUAAAUAGAUAAUACAUACUGGCGAAAUAUUUGAAACUUGCGUCGCAAAGGAAUACCAAAAUCGAUUAAAAUAAAAAUAAACAAACAAAUGAAAAACAAAGUUAUAUCAAAUAUUGUUUGCACAGAGUUAAUUCGCAUUCAGCAUUUGUUGUUAUAUGUGGAUGGUCUUGAUGUUAAUGUUUAAUCAAUCCUGACCCUAGGGUGUGUAAUGCUUCUAUAAUGAAACGAUAUAUUGACAAAUAAAGUGAUUGCAUGUCAAUAAAACACUAUAGCAUCCGUGCAUAAACCAAAAACAAAAAACUUUCUGAUAACCAUAAUUUGUCAAUCAAGGUAACGAUUAAUCUUACAUGUUCGUAGCUCCAUUGAGCUCUUGUUGUAAGCUGCCCCAUCUGACUCCCUCACUCUUUCAUGAAUUACACAUGAUGCGAGCACGUAAAUAUGGGAGUAAGAUACAUAUUGCUUAUCACACGAGACUACUUGCACAUAUUCUUAUUCUAGUGGAUCGUCAGCUGAGUGAGCCAAUACUUGUUGACUUAACACAAACAAGAGAAACAUUUUUCCUGAUCUACGAAAAUAAUUAUCGAAACACGAUUGUCUUUCUCGUUCUUCUUUUUUUUCCAAUUAAGUGUUCGCUGGAGUUUAUUUUAUUUUUAUUUACAAUUAGUUACUUUUCAGAUCUAAGCUGAUUUGAGUUUCUUGUAAUUUGUUAAUAUUGUUGGAGACUAUAGUCAUGUGUAGAGAUACAUUUUUUACAAAACGUUUUAGCAUUAUAUUCAAUUCAAUUCUUUUAAUUCUAUUGAACAUUCUAAGAUGGAUGCAGCCGCAUAAUAAUGGUUACUAAUUUAUUCUUCCCUCAUUCCGUACAAGCUGGUCGCUUAUGGGGACAUAUCCGAAAGAGUAUGGAUGAUUUGGAAAUUAUUGUUGUUAUUAUUAUUAUUAUUCAAAUCCCAUGCAACAUAAUCUGACAUGAGGAAUGGGUCCUAGAUGUUUUUGCAUAUAUAGUUAGUGUUUAACACUUGGUUGUGAUGGUAUAUGAUAAACACAACAUAGUACGAAAUUGAGAAUAACAGAAGAAGAAAAAAAACUGCAAGCAAUGCGAUUGCAAUUCGAUUCGAAUGAGUAACUAGAAAUGUGGUGGCAAGUUGAUCCAAUUACAGGGCUCAUAGUGGUCUCCGUAACCGGAAAAAGUGAUAAAAGUGAUCAUUUAGUGAAUAAAGUGAUUAAAAAGUGACAUGUUUCGGAAAAUUUAUACAUUUAAUUUCGGAGUACAUGGUUCACAUCUAUUAUACCAAGUGCCUGUUCGUCAAGGUGGAGUGAGAAUGUAAAAUUUUUGUAAAUCGAAAGGGCCGAUUGUAGGAAACUUGUGGAUAUGCGUGUAAGUACAGAAAAUUCUUUGCCGCAGCCUGAAAGUUAAGAUCUUCAGCUACGGAAAAAGAUUUAAAGUUUUGGUGUUAUAGCCCGAUUCAAAAUUCAUGCUUUUUCCAUACUUAUUCACACAUGCAUGAUGAUUAUGUUCACAUCUUUGCAUCAAAUUGGGACAUUCUGAAUUGAAAUGGAAUUGGUGUCAUUUUGUUUUUUGAACCAUCAGGAAAGUAUUUUUACAGAUUAGAGAAUUGGGAAAGAAUUAUUUCUCAAUUCAGGCUUUUCCAAGAAAUUGGUGAAUCUCAAAUAUGCUCUUCUUCAUAGAGGGUGAUUCGCUACUUGAAAAUCACUCGGGCACUGACUAAGUCAGUCAGUCCAUCAGUAAGUUAGUUAGUCAGUUAGUGCCCAAGUAACAGGAAUCUACUCGAAAAAUUCAAGUAGUGAACUAUUCGUGACUUUGUUCAAAGAAGAGCAUAUUUGAGAUUCACCAGUUUCUUGGAAAAGCGUGAAUGGAAAAAUAGUUCUUUCCCAAUUUUCUAAUCCGUACAAAUACUUUCAGGAUGGUUCAAAUUACGGUUCUUGCCAAUGAGUGUACAAAAGUAUUAUAUUGAACCAACCAAAAAAAAGUGGAAAUUAGAAACAAGUAAUGAAAAAAUUGAAAAAAAAUAAACAAAUAUAUAAAAUAACUCUGCCUAUUACGGUUCCAAGCCUGGAUGUGAAAAAAGAAUGAUUUUAUUGCUAAACAGUAAAACUUUGCAAAAAAUUUUUUAUAUAUUUUUCAAUAAUAUAUGAUCAACGAGAAUGACAUGUAUUCCAGUUCAGUUCAGAAUAUUCCAAUUUGAUGCCAAGAAAUGAACAUAAUAAUUGUGCAUAUGUGUAUAAGUGUGAAAAAACCAUGUAUUUUGGAUUGGUAGAUAACACCAAAACUUUAAUAUUUUUUCCAGAGCUGAAGAUCUUUACUUUUGGAGUGCAGCAAUGAACUUUCUGUACUUACAUGCGUACCCACAAAAUUUCCACACCCAGCCAUAUCAAUUUUGACAAAUUUUACAUUUUCGCUCCAUCCCAAUAAAGAGAGAAUAUAAGUACCAAAACAUAAGAAAAAAAAAUCUAGAUCAUUAUGGUAUAGUUGAAAAAAGUUACUUUUUGCUGGAUGGUAAGAAAAAAGUGGAAAAAAUUGAUUAAAAGUGAGAAAAGUGACGUACUAUGAGCCCUGCAAUUACAUCUAACAUCUGUAUUUGUGGACUGGGUGAAGAACGUUAAACUUACCUUAUGUAAUACUAUUUUAUAACGCACUUAAAAUCGCCAGGGUAAUGUGUACCUUGGCUGAAAACAAAGACUCUUGCCCGAAUGUUUCUUGGUAUAAAUAUGAAGUAUAAGUCAUGGGACAAAACGAAAGAUAACAAAAAUAAUAGAAAGAAAAAUGAAAAUAGGUAUGUAGCGAUGACAUGAUAUGUACCCUCAAAUAAAUACAUGCAUCUACAUCAUUAUUCUGUAAUAACUUGCAGAAUAAAUUGUACGUAAAUGAAAAUUGAAGUGAAAAAAGGAUACAAAAAAAAAAAAAAACGUAAAUAAAAAAAUAUUAUUCAUGCUUGAGAUAAGCAUAACUACACAUUUUUUUCAACGUUUGGAGUUGUUCUGCUCUCUAUGUAUGUCAAAAAGUCAUUCGAAGUGAAAUAAAAAUAAUUAAAAAACAUCGGAAACUGAAUUCGACUAAUUACAAUCGCCCCAGUUGAAAGGUAAAUGAAAAAAACACCAGGAAGAAUAUAAUUCCAAGUUUGUAAUUAAUAGUAAUAGAGUAUAACGAGAAAUAAAUCAUUUCCAAAUUCAUCCUCAAGGGAAAAUAUCAUUGCAUAAAAAAUUACACUUUUAAGUAAUAGUAGUUAUUAUCUAAUUGAAUUACGUCUUUAUCCACAGAAUAUGAUUUGUAGAUCUUUAGUUUGAUUUGUCAGUUCAGUGAUUCGGAAUAACUCAGAGCACUGGUUUCAAAUAAAUGUUUAUAACUUCUAUCAGAUUUAUUGUAGAAAAUGUUAUACUUUUUACUUGGGUUACUCUUAGUCAUUCUGAAGUGAAAAAUCGAACAAACUGUUAGUUAAGACAUAUUCCUACAUAUUUACAGUAUUAUACCUGUUCGGUUUAUGCUUAAGGUAUAACAAAGCAGUGAUAUCAUAUCAAAACUAAAUUUCAAGCUAAAUACGAUAGUUGCCAACAUCGUGGCUCCAUAACAAGUCAUGAAACUACUUUCAACGCACCUUUCCAAAUUUUAACAAUUGCCCUACCAAAGUUAUGUUUCGAACAGACAAACAGUUCGUAUAAUGAGCCACUCAUACCAGUUUCAUUUUGCCCCUACACGUAUGCAAGUACCUAAUGUGCAAAGUGAUUUCCGCGAAAUAAAUUUUCGGAAGUGAAAAGUUAACUAACGAAUAUUUAACAUAAAAAUUGUUCCUUUGAUAAAAAUGUGUGGUGUGACAUAACGUUCAACAAUUUUAUAUUCGCGAUAUUGAGCAAAACAUUAUUUUUUAUAACAUUUAAUUCGUGGAUUCAAACUUUGGGACGUAUAAGAAGUCAUUCAAAUGUUAUUUUACACCAAAGAAAAUAACAGCUAAAUCAUACUUGGGAAUUCACAAUCAGUCCACAAAGUUAUGUGCACAUA